CUUGAGUGGACUACAGUUUCGACCUCGUCUGAACUGGUCCCAUCAGUACCCCCGGCGGAACUCGAACCCGUCCAGAGCGGUGUAGAGUCUCGACAUGCCAAUCAGAACGCGGCACGUUUCCGUUCUUUGACACAAAGGCCCUCGUGGCAGUCUGUCGUGGUGGUUGUCCCCGUUUCUAGACUUUAUGCUGGGCUAUUGCAAACCGGGUUCGAGUCCCGCUGGGCGUGUUGA